UGAGCUUUCAUGUCGAUACCAAGUACGUGUUCAUAUCAAUCCCAUGACAGGGUGCUGGAAAGCAAAAUAUCUAUCCUUUUCUUUGUGGCGGUACUAACAUUAUCGUAGCUAACAGGACACGUAAUGCUCCUCCUCGAAAGCGAUGCGUCGUGUUAAUGAUUUUCAUACACACGUACAUCGUCGUUGAUUGGGUGAAUUUGAAGAAACUUGGCUGGGUCUGAAACAUUUGGGCUCAUGUGUGGGCCGUAAAUCACUUACUAAUUAGCCCAUGGACUAAAACUAAGCCCUAACAAAAUUUACUCAACUUUUACCAAACGCCGCGUUUAGAUCGUUGGUGUUCAUUGUCGGGGAGUUUCUCCUCUCUGCACCAGAUUUCAAAUCCUUGUUUACAAUCUCUUCUCUGGCUAUCUUAGAGGGAUUUUUGAUUGAGAUUUUAAAAUUUUCUGAGUUGGAUUAGUUGGUUGGUAAAGAGAUGGAUCCGGAUACGGUGAAGUCGACCCUCUCGAAUCUGGCAUUCGGGAAUGUAUUGGCGGCAGCUGCUAGAGAUUAUAAAAAGGAAGUUCUUGCAAAUGAAAAGGCACAAGGAUCAAGACCUGUCAACGAGGAAGUUGAUCUUGACGAAUUGAUGGAUGAUCCAGAGCUAGAAAAGUUGCACGCAGAUAGGAUUGCAGCACUCAGGAGAGAAGUGGAAAAGAGAGAAGCAUUCAAAAGACAAGGACAUGGUGAAUACCGAGAAGUUAGCGAAGGCGACUUCUUGGGAGAAGUCACAAGGAGUGAAAAAGUUAUAUGUCACUUCUACCACAAGGAGUUCUAUCGCUGCAAGAUAAUGGACAAGCAUUUGAAGACCCUUGCUCCUAGACAUGUGGACACAAAGUUCAUUAAGAUGGACGCUGAGAACGCUCCCUUCUUCGUCACCAAGCUUGCAAUCAAGACUUUGCCGUGUGUUAUCCUUUUUAGCAAGGGAAUCGCGAUGGAUAGGCUUGUCGGGUUUCAAGAUCUAGGUGCCAAGGACGAUUUCUCCACGACGAAGCUGGAGAAUCUUCUGGUCAAGAAAGGAAUGCUUAGUGAAAAGAGAAAAGAGGAAGAUGAGGAAGAUUACGAGUAUCAAGAAAGCAUACGUCGGUCCGUUAGGUCUUCAGCGAAUGUCGACUCUGAUUCAGAUUGAUCUCGAAGCUUUUCUCAUAGUAGACCUCCGAGCCUUUUUGUAUUUUGUUUUCACCGCUGCUCUGUUUGAAUUGUUUGGUCUAUGAAUCUUAUGCUUCUAUAAGUCUUUAUAGUGGGAAAUUUCGUUCCACAAUGUUUUUGUUUAUUUGAAAACUGCAAAUUAUGGUGUCUAACCAUAUAAACAAAAGUCAUUAGGUGAAUGACAAGAUUUGAAAAGAAAUGAUAAGAGUUGAGCACU